AUGCCACCUAAACAAACACCCCCCGCCAAGCAAGUCAAGGGAAAGUCCAAGGCAGCUCAAAAGGAAGAGAAGAAAUAACAGAAACAGGUUAAGACUUAACCAAAAGCUGCACCAGCUCCUCAAGCUAAGCCAGGAAAGAAGGAGAAGAGACAGAAGAAGCCCAAGGAUGCACCCAAGAAGCCAAUGAGCGCCUUUUUCUGCUAUCAGCAGGCAAGAAGAGAUGCACUCAAGAAAGAAGCUCCAGAACUCAACCAUAAAGAUAUCAUUAAGAGAAUGAGUGAGGAGUGGAAGGUUUUGACAGACGCUGACAAGCAGUAAUACCAGGCUUAAUCAGAUAGAGGUAGAGAAAAGUACGAUAAAGACAUGAAGGCUUAUAAAGAUAAGCUAGCAAAAGCUGAGGGUGCUCAAGCCGCCGAUAAAGGUGAUAGCGUUCUUGGAAAGAAGAAACAAAAGGAAUCUGCCAAGCCAGUUAAAGUCGAGAAGGAGGUAGCCAAAGCUGCACCUGCUACCAAGGGCAAAGCUGAUGAUAAAAAAGCAAAAGCCCCUAAAGUUGCUGCAGGAAAGGUAGUCAAAGCAACCAAGACCAAGAAAGCUUCAGCUGGUGAAGAGGUGAAUGCUGAAGAGAAGAAGGUCGAGAAACCCAAGGCAAAACCAACUCCAGUUCAACAGGCUCAGGACAAUCACAUCGCUCCAGUCUAGCAAGUUCACCAUGAUCAAAAUGGAGAUGCCAAGCAUCACGAUCACUAGCAUCUUCUUCAAGAUCACCAAGCCCUCGCUUUAUAAAAUGACAACGACAACGAUGACGAAGAGGAACUAGACCUCGAAGAAAAUAAUGAAGAUGAUGAUAACAUUGAAGACAAUGAUGAAGGAGAAGAUGAAAAUGAUGAAUUCGAUGAAUGA